AUGGAUGACAAAAAAAAUCAACACAAGCCUGUUAAGCCAGUUGGUUUUUUUAAGAAUUUGAUUGGUUUGGAAAAUGAUGUUUUUCGGGAAAAAGGAGAUUUCAAAAGUGCUGAAUCUUCUGAUUCUGAUCCUUGUAUUGAUAGUUCUAGUUCUUCUGAUGAUUCAAAUAUAGUGGAAUCAGAAUGCUUUGAUAAUGAUGGGCCAAUUGAUGCUAAGCCCAAAUAUGAUUUUGAAGUUAAGCUCAUUACUCAGCGCAAAUUUGAUUUUGAGGUUAAGCCCGUUACCUCAGUUGGGCCCAAGUGUGAUUUGGAAGCUAAGCCCAUUGAGUUAGUUAGGCCCAAGUAUGAUUUUGAAGCAAAGCCCAUCAAGUCACUUGAUCCCAAGUGUUUCUGUUUAAUCUGCAUUUUCAAAGAGCUUAUUGGCUUUUCAUUGGCUUAUGAGGCUUAUGAGGGUCGUUCUAUCUUACCGUGGAGAUUUGUUGAGAAUUUGAGUUAUUUUUCGUCUGGUUUACAUAAGUAUCAGCAAGAAGAUGCUCACGAAUUUUUGCAAUGCUUUCUCAAUAGGCUUCAAAGCCGAUGCAAUGACGUUGUCCAACAAGUUUUUGUCGGCCGGCUUGUCAGUAAGCUUCGCUGUUGCAACUGCGGCCACUUCUCCAACACUUACGAGCCUCUCAUAGACGUGAGUUUGGAGAUUAAAGAUGCCGACAGCUUGCAUUCAGCGUUGGAUUCUUUCACUCGAGUUGAGAAACUUGACGAUCCAAAGAUCAAGUAUACUUGUGAAAGAUGUAAGGCGCAAGUCUCAAUUGAGAAGAAGUUGAUGAUAGAUUCUGCCCCCUCCGUUGCUGUCUUUCAUUUGAAGCGAUUCCAGAAUGAUGGUUCAGAUGUGUGGAAGGUUGACAAGCAUGUCUCCUUUCCGCUGGAGCUGGACUUGCUUCCUUACACUGAUAACAACCAAACCAAUAAUGAACAAAUGAAGUAUGAUCUUUAUGCAGUUAUAAUGCACGCCGGGUCUACAUCCAGUUCGGGACACUAUUACUGCUUCAUUUGUGCUGAACCAAAUGAAUGGUACAAAUUUGAUGACACGAUGAUUUCUCGGGUUCAAAAAGAUGUUGUUUUGGCUGAAGAAGCAUAUGUUAUGUUUUAUGCAAAGAGAGACACUCUGUGGUUUUCAGAUUUCAUUGCACUGGAAACUAUCAACUCUUCAUAUUUCAUUGAACUCAAGAAGAUUAUGGAUCCAGAACAAGAGACGGAAAUAAUGAUGGCAUGUUCGAUGAUUAAGCGAAGAGUUCCAAGUCCAAGAGGUGAAGAACUCAUGACUGCAUUAUGCAGAUUAGGUAGCCGUGGAAGUUCUCUGAGUAGAAAGGAUGAUGGAAGUUCAGUUGAUUGA